AUGUAAAAUUCUUAUGAAAUUGCAGUAAAUAGAGCUAGUGAUGCUGAAGAAAGGAUCAAUUAUUGGUAAAGUAAAAAUUAAUAAGAUUAAGGCGUGAAUAAAGUGAAUUCGUUGAUUGGAUUAAGAAACCAGAAUAAAUAUUGACAAAAAUAAAUGAUUAUUUUUAUCAAUGGUUUGGAGAUGGAAAAUUAAAUUUCUGUUAUAAUGCAUUAGAUAGACAUUUAAUUUAAAGGGGAAAUCAAGUGGCUUUAUAUUGGGAAAGCAAUAUGGUUCAUAAUAGUUUGUAAUACACAUUCAAUGAAUUACAUGAUCAUGUUUCUCGUUUGAGCGGCGUUUAUCGUCAAUUUGGUAAACUCUAAUAUAGAAUAGUUCAAAGGAGUUUCAAAAGGUGAUAGAGUAAUAAUCUAUAUGCCUAUGAUUCCUGAAGCAGUAUUUGCUAUGUUAGCAUGUUCAAGAAUAGGAGCAAUUCAUUCUGUAGUUUUUGGAGGGUUUUCUGCGUUGGAAUUAAGUGGGAGAAUUAAAGACUGUAAGCCAACCUUAAUAAUAACUGCUUCAUGUGGGUUAGAAGUCAAUAAAAUUGUUGAUUAUAAGGUGAUGUUAGAUGAAGCUAUCUAAAUAUCAAAUCAUACACCAAUUUGUUUAAUUGUAUAAAGACCAACAAAAUAAUGCAAUAUGGUAAUUGGAAGAGAUUUUGAUUAUUAUACUGCUAUGAAAUUUGCUAAUCCCAUUGAAUGUAUUGAAGUAGAAAGUACUCAUCCACUUUAUAUUCUUUAUACUUCUGGUACUACUGGAUAACCAAAAGGGUAACUAUAUCUAUUCAUUAUUAUAGUAUCUAACGUGAUACUGGAGGCACAGUUGUGGCUUUAUUGUGGACAAUGAGACACAUUUUAGGUUUGAAAGCCGGUGAUGUGUACUUCUCUAUGGCUGAUAUAGGAUGGGUAACUGGACAUUCUUUCACAGUUUAUGGCCCACUUUUAUAAGGAUGCUCUAUUGUUUUAUAUGAAGGCAAACCUGUUUAGACUCCAGAUCCAGGAGCCAUUUGGAGAAUUAUUGAGAAACAUAAAGUCGUUGGAUUCUACACUGCCCCCACUGCUUUAAGAGCUAUGAGAAAAGAAGAUCCUAAUGGUGAUUGGAUUAGAAAAUCAAAUAUUUCUAGUUUAAAAAGUAUUUCUAUGGCUGGAGAGAGAUGUGAUAUACCUACAUAUAAUUGGAUACAAAGUAAUACUGGUGUAUUAAUAAAUGAUCAUUAUUGGUAAACUGAAACUGGAUGGAUUAUCUCUUGUAAUUUUAUGGAUUUACACACUUUCCCUUCUAAAGCUGGAAGUGCAACUAAACCUUCUCCUGGAUUUGUGAUUAAAAUUAUGGAUAAUGAUAAUAAAGAGGUUGAAACUGGAUAAAUGGGAAGAAUUUGUAUCAGAUUACCUAUGCCACCAAGUUUCAUGUAGACUCUCUACAAUAAUGAUGAAGCUUUCAUUCAAAAGUAUCUCUCUGAUACUCCAGGAUAUUAUACUGCUGGAGAUGCUGGCUUCUUUGAUCAAAAUGGAUAUCUACAUAUCAUGACUAGAAUAGAUGAUAUUAUUAAUACAGCUGGACAUAGAUUAAGUACUGCUGCUAUGGAAGAAGUACUCUUAAAACAUAAGGAUAUUGUUGAAGCUGCAGUUGUUGCUAAAUUGGAUGAUUUAAGAGGUGAAAUUCCUGUUGGACUUAUAGUCAUUAAAUAAGGACAUGAUGUUAAUCCAGUUAAUUUAGAAAAAGAACUUAUUUCUAUGAUUAGACAUGAUAUUGGACCAUUAGCAUGUUUUUAAAGUGUUAUAAUUGUUGAAAAGUUACCAAAAACUAGAAGUGGAAAAGUUCUUAGAGGUACUCUUAAAGCUAUUGUAAAUGGAUAAUAAUAUAAGGUAUUUAUUUACAUAUAUAAUUAUUUUAUAGAUGCCUGCUACUAUAGAAGAUGACUCUGUUUUAGAUAAAAUUAAAUUGAACUGUCUCAAUUAUGGUAAAGGAAUGGGAUAAUAUUGUAAUUUAGACUUUGGAAAUAAAGAUGUCUAUGUAGAAGAGUGAAA